AUGCCUGCUGCUGUUGGAUCAGGCGGAGAGGGUGUUAACCCAGGCCGUCUCCUUCUCCUCUCAAACCGUCUUCCCAUCACCAUCAAGCGCUCCGACGAUGGAAGCUACAGCUUUUCCAUGUCCUCCGGUGGGCUGGUCACUGGUCUCAGCGGCCUGAGCAAAACCACCAGUUUUCAGUGGUAUGGAUGGCCGGGUCUCGAAGUCCCCGAGAACGAAGUCGAAGGCAUGAAGAAGCGCCUCAAGGACGAAUACGGCGCUCAUCCCGUCUUCAUCGACGACGAAUUAGCAGACAGACAUUACAAUGGCUUUGCCAAUUCGAUCCUGUGGCCACUCUUCCACUACCACCCGGGCGAAAUUACUUUUGACGAGUCCGCAUGGGCUGCGUACCAGGAAGUCAACCGCCUCUUCGCGAGGACCGUUAUCAAGGACGUACAAGACGGCGAUCUUAUCUGGGUCCACGACUACCACUUGAUGCUCCUGCCUCAAAUGCUGCGAGAGGAGAUCGGUGACACCAAGAAGGAUGUCAAGAUCGGCUUCUUCCUGCACACUCCUUUCCCCAGCAGCGAGAUUUAUCGCAUUCUGCCCGUGCGAGAGGCCCUUCUCACCGGUCUCCUUGACUGCGAUCUCAUUGGCUUCCACACAUACGACUAUGCUCGCCAUUUCCUCAGCAGCUGCUCCCGAAUUCUUGAUACCCCUACCACCCCCAAUGGUGUUGAUUGGAAUGGCCGCUUUGUUACAGUCGGUGCUUUCCCUAUUGGCAUCGACCCGGAGAAGUUUGUCGAAGGCCUCCAGAGACCCAAGGUCCAAGAGCGUAUUGCCACCCUCAGCCGCAAGUUUGAGGGCGUAAAAUUGAUUGUUGGUGUCGAUCGUCUCGAUUACAUCAAGGGUGUGCCCCAGAAGCUGCACGCUCUCGAGGUUUUCUUGACAGAGCACCCCGAGUGGAUCGGCAAAAUUGUUCUUGUCCAGGUCGCCGUUCCAUCCCGGCAAGAUGUGGAGGAAUACCAGAACCUCCGGGCCGUUGUCAACGAACUCGUCGGCCGUAUCAAUGGCAAGUUUGGCACCAUCGAGUUCAUGCCCAUCCACUUCCUCCAUCAGUCUGUUUCCUUUGAGGAGCUCACAGCUCUAUAUGCCGUCUCAGAUGUGUGCUUGGUCUCAUCUACGCGUGACGGCAUGAACCUUGUGUCAUACGAAUAUAUCGCCACUCAGCGCGAAAACCAUGGCGUCAUGAUUCUCAGUGAGUUUACGGGUGCCGCUCAAUCUCUUAACGGAAGCCUCAUCGUCAACCCCUGGAACACUGAAGAACUCGCCAACGCUAUUCACGACGCCGUUACGAUGAGCCCCGAACAGCGGGAGGCCAACUACCGUAAGCUCGAACGCUACGUGUUCAAGUACACGAGUGCCUGGUGGGGAGCCAGCUUCGUGGCGGAGAUGACUCGCCUCAGUUCGGAAAAUGCGCAGACAAAGACACUACGAAAUGUUGCCGGCGCCGUCGUUGGUCUUGGUCAACAGGUAAAGCAGGUGGCCCAGGAUGCCAAGGAGCUUGUAACAGGCACCGAGCAGCCUCCUUCCGAAUAG